ACCGACUCCUCCUGGACCAAGAUGAAAAUGGAGAAACCAGGAGGGCUGAACUCCUUUAAGCCUCCACUACAAGAGCCACAUAGAAGCUUCAUGUUACCUGUUGGCAGCCAGCGGGUGAGUCCCAGAGAAACAGGAGUGCAUCUGUGUGCGUCUCUGUGUCGGGUUCAUGGAAAGCACUCUGAAAGGUGUGUGAAGGCCACACCCCGCUGAGCGAGGAGACAGGUAAACUAGUGCAGAGCAGCUCCAACUUCCAAACUGUUCACUUAUGAUCUCUAAAACCUCGAGCACAGUGGAGAUGGUAACGCAAGGAAAACUGGAGAUCAACUCAGAAAAUGUGGAAGCGAAAAACACAGGAGGCCUGGGAUGUUUUGGUUGGCUGUUGGUGAUGAUAUCCCUCAUCUUCAUAGCAGCAACAUUCCCACUCUCACUGUUUAUGUGCAUCAAGAUAGUGAAGGAGUAUGAGCGAGCAGUCAUUUUCAGACUCGGUCGGAUCCCGGACAGGAAACCUAAAGGACCAGGACUUUUCUUCAUUUUGCCAUGCACUGACACCUUUGUGAAAGUUGAUCUGAGGACUGUAACGUAUGAUAUCCCUCCACAAGAGAUCCUAACCAAAGACUCAGUGACGGUGUCCGUGGAUGGAGUGGUGUAUUUCCGAGUCCACUGUCCCAUCUCAUCGGUGACCAACGUGUACAACGCACACUUAUCGACACGCCUGCUAGCUCAAACCACUCUGAGGAACGUCCUUGGCACCAAAAGCCUCUCAGAGCUUCUGUCUGACAGAGAGGGCAUUUCAGUCAGCAUACAGGAAACCCUGGACGAGGCCACGGGUAAAUCGGGCAUCAAGGUGGAGCGCGUGGAGAUAAAAGACGUGAAGCUGCCUCAGCAGCUGCAGAGGGCCAUGGCAGCAGAGGCGGAGGCCAGCCGGGAGGCCAGGGCCAAGAUUAUUGCUGCCGAGGGUGAGAUGAACGCCUCCAGAGCUCUGAAAGAAGCAUCCCUGGUGAUCGCCGAGGCUCCCUCUGCUCUCCAGCUGCGAUAUCUGCAGACGCUGAGCACCAUCGCUGCAGAGAAGAACUCCACCAUCAUCUUCCCCCUGCCUAUGGACAUGAUGCAGAGUUUCAUGCAGAGGAAAUGAAGUUCUGAACUCCAGUCUUCUGCUCUGCUACUUUACUCCUUAAAGUAAGUUUGUUCUUCGUGCAAGAGGGGAGAAAAUACUCUUUGUAUUUAGAAAUACACCAAAACCUUGCUUUCGUGUACUUAUUGUAUACUCUUAAUCUGAUUUAAUACGUAAUACAAAAUGCAACACGUACAUUAGAGCCGUUUACCUCUCAUCGUUGACCACAAUGUUGCAACACUUUCAGCUCUGGAGGAGUGCAAAUAAACAAACAAACAAAUAAAUAAAGAAUAAUACAAAACAAUGUGAACCAAAAAUAAUUCACAACAAAUGAUCUUGAGCAGAAAUUUCUUGCAUACUUGAUUACAAUCGACAGGCUGAACCAGCCUCGUGACAAAAACUGUAAACAAAAGCUCUUAUUUGGACGGUCAUUCAGUGGAUUUGUACAAGAUGGUGUCCACAGGACACAGACACACAAUCAGUGCAAUCAAAGUACCUGAAAGAGAGGAAGAGGGUUUCCAACCUUCUGCAAGAACCAAACUACACAGAAAUAUAAGUUGAUUAUUUAAAGCAGCUACAAAUUCCUGUUAGAGCAAACUGAUCUCUACUUGUGUCUGAGUAAAGAAAUACUGCAAUAUUAUUAUUAUUAUUAUUAUUAUCAUACUGUGGUGUUGCUUCAGUGUACUUAUAUAUUUUAUACUAUUCUUUUAAUAGUUCUACCUCCUGCUAACAUCUAUGAUUGCAUAAAAAUCUUUAAAAACCUUUGAGAUGAUUAGCUACUGUAUGAAAACACCAGAAUGUAUAAAAUUAAACAAAACAAAACUUAUGGCAGUUCCUUCCCUUUGAUGACUCCUAAUUCCUCCCAAAUCCUGAGAUUAAUCUAAACAACGAGGAAUGAGGUAAAAUUCAAAUCAUGUUGUUUUUUUUUUCUGCUAGUUUUGAUGAACUUAGUAAACAUUGUAAAAAGCAAACAUAAGCUGUGGAAAUCAGGAUGAUUUUUUUUUCUGUGGUGAAAAUAAUAAACUUUUAGUGUAACUAACCACUAAAUAGUUGCUAAUUAACAUGCUAGUUCAUUCAAUCAAUUAAUAAUUGAUAAAUAAGUUGUUAUAAAUUCAGAAUGAAGUUCUGAGUUUAAAAAAGUUUAUUAUUUUGGGUGUUUUGAGGCAGAAAACUGUUCUGUUUCUACUUUCUAAGACAGAUUAGGAAGGUUAUGUUUAGAAUUCAUAAUUAAGAGUUUAUUUGUAGAAUUAGGUUAUUCAGAAUAAAUAAAUAAUUUACACUAAUUUACGUGUUAAGAAGCAUCUAGUUAGUGGUCACUUUGUUUUUCUUAAACUGAAAACACAAAUGCACAUUUGUGGCGAUAAUAAAAAGAGCAAAGAUUUCCGCAAGCUAUGGGUGUAAAAAUUUGAGAAAACAUAAAAAGUUUUCCUUGUACACAGCAUUAAUCAUUGAUUCUGCUGCUAAACUUCUACAUGUAUACCUCAGGAAGCAUUGGAGCAGCUUUGUCUUUUGUGGUUUUGUUUUAAUCUGAGUUUCACAAACUGUUCGGGAAUUUUCUUCAAAUAAACUUUUCAUGUUAAUGAAUCAUGA